CGAAACGAGUGUAUCGCAUGCAGCCUGGAGCAUUGGACAAAAUUAAACGUUUACUAAGAGUAUUGGUAUUACUGUAACUGGUGUACUUUUCAUCAAUGACACCGGUGGUGUUAGAGGCUAGCUGCUUCCGAUAAGAAACUUUUGGCUCGUAAUCAGAUAAGUUAAAAUAUAUUAGGGAUCAUCCACACGGACGACUUUCAAUAUAAAAAUUAUAUAUGUCUAUUGUGACUUGUUCAUUGUUAAUCAAUGUAGGUAUUGCUUUAUUUAAAACGCAGUUAAUUAGGUGGGAGUAUAAAAAUAUUGUAUAAUAACAAAUUAAAUAUUAUUACCAUAGUUACAAUAGUUUUGACGUCAUUUUCCAUAAUAGCCAUAGAUUACUUUAUCUAGAAUAUGCUUUAUAAAUAUAAUUACACAACACGAUGGUACGGAAUGAGCUGUAAUUAGAAAACUAAUUUGUGUUUCGCGUGUUCAUCCUUCUAUACGAUCUAACCUUUGUUAUACUAAAGAUGUUUUUUAUAAACAUGUUUUGCGACAUUAUUGUCGUCCCGCAGCUCAUUCCCUUAACUUCAGCACUGACUGAAUCACAAUUUAUAUACAAGUCUGUGAACGUCCGUAGUGUUUGCACGCGGUGAAUAAUAUUGUUUACGUUUUGUAUUUAAAGUGUAAUUUACGAAAUUUUCAGUGAUAGCGUUUCCGGCAACCCGUUAAGAUGGUUGUCAGCAAGAACAGCAUGUGGUUUGUUGGUUGCGGGAUGAGUUUGGUCGGAUUUGGCGUACUCAUGAGCGCGACCUGGUCGCUUGUUUUCCACGCUAAGAUCAAAAAUAUGAUGGUCCUUAGGAACGGUUCGACAUCUUUUGAGAUUUGGCGAGAUAUUCCCAUUCCGAUAUACUUGGAGUGUUUUCUAUUCAACAUCACAAAUGUGGCCGACAUUCUGAUGGGAAAAAAUGUUCCUAUACACGUCGAAGAACUCGGACCUUACGUGUUCCGAGAAAGAAGUACCAAGGUAAACAUAACCUGGAAUGACAACAGCACUGUUACGUUCAGAAAUCAAAGAUUCUGGUACUUCCAGCAGGACCUGUCAAACGGGAGUCUCUCUGACCUUAUUACUAGUAUAAAUCCUAUUAUAGCUACAAUCGCUUAUACAGUUCGCAAUGAACCGCUGAUGCUGAAGUUCAUCAUAGACCUAAGCUUGAGGAUGUACCACCAAAACAUGUUCGUGACAGCGAACGCCUCGUCGUGGCUGUUCGACGGCAUACAGGAUCCCAUCCUGGAUCUGGUCGAGAAGAUUCCCAGCUUGCCUUACACCAUACCCUUUGAUAGAUUUGGCUGGUUUUACAAACGUAACGGAUCGGUGGACGCGACUGGUCUCUUUCUAGCUCAUACUGGUGCAUCAGACUUCACCAAACUGGGACACACGCUGAAAUGGAACAACUCCAAUAAGACGGUGUUCCGUGGUCAAUGCGGAGAGGUCCAGGGUACGACCGGGGAACUGUGGAACUUGGAGAAUGAUGCGCCUGAGAUUAAAAUAUACGCCGCUGAUCUUUGCACGUACAUCAGCCUGGCUUAUUCUGGAGAUGUAAUCAAAAAAGGCCUACCUGGAAGAGAGUUCGCAGCAAAUGACUCUCUUUUUGAUAAUGGACACAAAUAUCCACAAACGGCCUGUUACUGCGAUGAGAACAGCGGUAGGGACUGUUUGCCGUCUGGAGCGCUGAACGUGUCGGCCUGCAAGUACGGCGCCCCGGCCAUCGUGACGCGGCCACAUUUCUUAGGCAUGGACCCUUAUUACGCUAACAAGAUAAAAGGCUUACAGCCGGCACCCAAGCACAAUUUCAAAAUGUCAAUCGAGCCGGUGACAGGGAUGCCGCUGGCUAUCUCGGCUCAGUUGCAAGCGAACGCUCUCGUCAGACAUGUCACAGGAAUAAGUAUAAACAACCAGUUACCGGACCCGGACACGUUGGUGCCUAUGUUUUGGUUCCGGGAAGAAAUUGAAGUGAACGACGAGUACGCCAACUUCGCGAGGAGCGCGCUAUCAGUGAGAUACGGCGUUCCCUACGGCUUGUACGUUAUGAUAGCUCUCGGUGCAAGCCUCCUGCUCAGUGGGUUGUAUAAAAUCAGAAGAUUCCCUCUCCGGCAGUUAAGGGAAUGCGACGUCGCAGCGUCCCAAAAGUUUCUUAGCAAUAACAUAAGUCCAAACGUGACGAACUCGACGUGAGAGUUAUAUGUUACUUUCGUCAAUUUGUGCAAUUGGCAAUCAAAUGAGAGAAGAAAAGCUAUAUUUCCUAUUGCUUUGUGUAUUAGUUUUUUGUUGAAAGAAUGGAGAUAUGCAAGAUGACAACACUACGGUUGAUUUAACACUAUUUAUUGUAAUUAGUUAAUUAUAGUUCACUGGUUCACUUCUUUUGAGCGGAAAAGACAUAGGAACUUAGUGAAUUAUAUCUUUGUAAAUUACUCUUGCCAUAAUGAAUAAUUAAGGGGUAUCAAGUUAUACAAAAGUCUAACUGAAAAUUUUAUUUAAUUAAAAAAACGACGCAUUUAUUGUCCUAUAACAGACAAGUACAAACUUGCAGGCACGUAGUACUUUUGCUAGUUAUAAUUGCAAAAAUGCCUUGCAUCAUUAGGAACAAAACUGACACUAAUAAUAGUUUUUCUUAUACUAGUAGAUAAUCUUAAACUAAUAGAUUGAUAGUAACACAGCUAAGAACCACCGCAAGGAAAUCGUUCUCAAAUACAAACCUCAUCGAAAUUUGUUGAUCCUUUUCACAGCUUGUACGUGGACGUAGAACAAAACUUUAACCUCCCCCUUCUUGGGGCUAGAAAAUGUAAAGCAUUUACUGAUGUGAACGGCUUGCAUCAAGCUGUCCACUUCAUAGGAUAUUGUACACAGUUAUAUAUAAGAUUUUAUUUAAGUGAUACUUACAUUUAAUGUGUGUAUCAAAGAAAUUGUUAAUUAUUAUUGUAAUUAUUUUUAAUGUAAUUUAUUAUUUUUUUUAUAUUUGAAUAUGCUUAAAAAUUUAAGUUAUGAUAAGUUUUAAAAUCAUUUAAAGAAUGAAAUGAAUACUACAAA